GGAAGCGCAGCAUUUUCAGCUGAAAACGAGCUAGGAUAGUCGGGAAUCGCAUAUCCAGGAGUCAAUCCCGGUAUGGGGGACAUGAAGACCCCAGAUUUUGAUGACCUGUUGGCAGCAUUUGACAUUCCUGACAUAGAUGCCAAAGAGGCCAUCCAGUCUGCUCCUGACGAGGCUGAGGGACCCCAUGGAACUACAGGGACACCUCUGGGAAAACAGGAUAGUGUGGUUGGUGUCGGGUCUUCCUUGAGGCCUCCAAGUCCAUCUGACACUCAGGCUGACACAUCUAUUGUCAGCGUUAUUGUGAAGAAUAAAGUGCGCAUCGAAACCGUAGAUGAAGGUGAGGGAGAUGCAGACCAGGACCCCAUUGACGUGAUCACAGGGGUCGAUGUGGGUCCACGACUUGGUGCUUGUGCCCCUGGAAUGACUGAGUCGGAAGCUCUAAAUCACAAUGGUUUUGGGGCAUCUGGUGUCUCCACACCGCUUCCUCUCAGCCAGGCCCAGUCCAAUGGUGCGCCAUGGUCAAUGAGCACCUCUAAAGUGUCUUCAGAAGUAUCUGGUGUCGCGAAGUCUCACAAGCAGGGUGGCAACAUUUUCAACAGACUGAAGCCGCUUGUGGCGCAGGGGUCUGGAGAUCCAGUGGGCCGGGCCAGGAAGAUGCAGCUCUUACAGCAGCAACACCAGCAGCAGCAGGACACAGGCCAAGAGAGGGCAGAUGGGGUCAAAGCAUCAUUACCUUCAUCCUCCUCUCUGUCAGUCGGGUCAUCUCCAUUGGCUGCAGCUGGGCCUGUUGGACUAGCAUCGCCUUUCUUUCCACCUUCAAAGCCUCGGCUUCCAUCACCACCCUCUGCCCUCUCAUCACACCCGCUGCACUCAUCUCAGCCUUUUAACGGAGCUCCCAAAAGUAGCCCUGCUGGAUUUCAGCACCAGUCAAUAGAGGAGGAUGAUUCUGACCCUGAUUUGGGAAGUCCACUGGUCAUUCAAGAAACCCCAGACUCCCCAGCUUGCACUCAACUGAGCCAAUGUUUCAAGGCUGACUCUGUCUCAACACAGCCCACAUCCUCCACUUCAACUCACCCUAAACAUGGGGACGCACCCGCCGGUGCUUCACUGAGUUCCUCGACCCCCCAGACUGCCUCAACAGAGAGUCCCCAGCUUGAGGACAGGCAUCCAGAGCAUGUUAUAGAGGAGAGAGACUCUCCAGAGAGUCCUGAACCAGAGAUACCAAAAUCAACUGCUCAAGUCAACAAGAGGUGCUCCAGCCCUGCAGUGGCCUCCACUCCACCUCCUUCAGAACUACGAGAGCCUAAAGAGGAGGAGGAGGAGAUGGAGGUAGGUAAUGGUAUAGAUAGGGUUGUUGAUGGCAAAGUGGACAAGGGAGAAAAUGAGAGAACAAGUGAUGAAAAAAUGGAGGUGGAUGAUGGCAAGUCUAAACCCCUGUCCACUGAUGGAGGAGAAGGAGGCAAUACUGCACCCGCUGUGUCUGGAGCUCCAUCCAGACCCCUGAAAGUCAGAAUAAAAACAAUUAAAACCUCCACAGGUGGAAUCACUAGAACUGUCACAAGGGUAGCACCCAAAGGUGGUGCUGCAGCAGCAGGUUUGGAUGCGAAAAAUCAAACUGGGGAGCGAAAGGUACUGGGAAACAAGGCCCAAAAACUUGAAACUGGUCAAAUGACAUCCCAGAAAGUAAGUGCUCUCAAUGCACUGCCCGUGUCUACACUCGCAGCCAGCAGCGUCAUGCUUGCUGCUGCCACAAAGGUCCAAAACAAACUGGCUGCAUCCGACAAGACCAAGGUUUCUGCCACUGCUGUAAGCAUCACCAAAUCUGCCGCCCUGCCCGUAACUCCAGCUGUGACCUCCUCCCCCAAGUUCUCUGUUGCUGCUGGAGGGAUCAGCGUACGCACGGCCACUAAUAAGACAGCUAACGGAGGCAGCGGCACCCUCUCGCCAAACAAACCUGCCUCAAUCGUCAACAGCACAGGCGCCGUCAUCUCCCGCAGUCAGUCAAGCCUGGUUGAGGCUUUUAACAAAAUUCUGAACAGUAAGAACCUUUUGCCAAGCUACAAGCCAGACCUCUCAGCUCCUCCGCCACCUGAGUGGGGUCUCCCACUCCCUGCCACAGGGUACCGGUGCCUGGAGUGCGGAGAUGCUUUCGCCCUGGAGCGCAGCCUGGCGCGACACUACGACAGACGAUCACUACGCAUCGAGGUGACCUGCAACCACUGUGCUAAGAGACUGGCCUUCUUCAAUAAGUGCAGCCUGCUGCUGCACGCCAGGGAGCACAAAGAGCGUGGUCUGGUCAUGCAGUGCUCACACCUGGUCAUGAGGCCUGUCACCGUGGAGCAGAUGAUUGGACAGCAGGACAUAACACCCAUUGGUGGCCUGCUCUCCUCUUCGUCCUCCUCUCCUCCAGUCUCCUCUCCCUCUACCACAAUCGGGGGCUCCACCAUCUCCACCAACUCCAGCCCGUUGAAGGACGCUUCGUCUCCAGCAGCAUCGCAGCCUCGGCCUGUCCGCCGCGCACCGCAGGGUCCACAAGCCCUGAUGCCUCUGCCCUGUAAGAAGGCCGAGGGGCUGCAGUACAACAACUUCAAAUGUGCCGAGUGCCAAACACAAUUCUCUGGCAAGGCUGAGCUGGUCACCCACUUCCAGCAGAUCAGAGCUGUUCCAAAUUCAACAUGUACACAGUGCUCGCCUCCCAUGAUGCUGCCAAACUCGUGCGCUGUGGCCGCUCACCAGAGGAUCCAUAAACACCGGGCGCCCCACGUCUGUCCCGAGUGUGGUGGUACUGCCCGGCAGGCCACUUUCCAGACCCACUUGGAGGAGGCAUGUCUGCACUUUGCCAGGCGCAUCGGCUACAGGUGCUCGAGCUGCCAGGUUGUGUUCGGAGGGCUGAACUCCAUCAAGUCUCACAUUCAAACCGCUCACUGCGAGGUCUUCCACAAGUGCCCCAGCUGCCCCAUGGCCUUCAAGUCUUCCCCCAGCGCCCAGAGUCACAUCAGCACCCAGCACCCAACACUUACAGGAGGACAGGCCAAAAUGAUCUACAAGUGUGUGAUGUGUGAUACGGUUUUUACCCAAAAACCCCUGCUGUACAUGCACUUUGACACUCAUUUAGCCAAGCAGAAAGUGCAUGUGUUCAAGUGUCCUGACUGCACGAAGCUCUACGCACAGAAAGGCUCAAUGAUGGAGCAUAUUAAGACCACUCACCGAGGCCCAGCAGCCAAACAGGAGUCUCAGUCUGAUGCGUCUAAUCCGGCCUCUGCCCCCGCCAACAUAUCCAGUCCCUCCAGCCUCAAGUCGAAGCCCUCGGGAAAGCCCGACAACUCGGACGGCGAGGACUGGGGUCGGGAACAGGAGGAGGAAGACGAUGAGGAUGACGACGAUGACGACGCGGACGAGGACUACGCGGCUCCGGGGAGUCGCUCAAACACCCCGGGGGGCAGCGGACAUCCCAGCGGUCAGACUGAGUGGACCUGCCCUCAGUGUCAGAGCACCUUCACCGACAACGAAGAGUACCUGGCUCACGUGAAGAUGGAGCACGGCAAGUUUCCCUGUGGCAUUUGUGGCGGGACGUUCAGCACGUCCUCCAGCCUCAGGCGCCAUGAGCGCGUCAUUCACGAGGGCAACAAACGAGUCUUCCAUUGCCAAUACUGCACAGAAGGCAAACGCACCUUUGGUAGUCGGUUCUUACUGGACAAACAUGUUCGGCUUCACCACAGAACCACAGACGGACAGGGUCCCCCCAUGACCAGGAAGCGAGCAGCCACUGGGGGAGAAGGUCCAGGUUGCUCCUCAGAACAUGAGGGUGAGGGUGCACCACCUGGAGUCAGAGCAGGCGACGAGGAAGAAAACGCCACAGAGGACGGCGAGGAAGGCAGAGGCCCUGCUAAGAGAACCCGGGUGUCCGUGGUGACAACAUCACUAAGCGAGUUAGAAGAGGAAGACAAUGUUUUCCGCUGCGUUCCCUGCGGCUUCUCCACCGAGGACGGGGCAGAGUUUCAGCGGCACAUCCCCCAGCAUCGGGCCGACACGGCCUCGUUCCAGUGCCUGCAGUGCGGCGUCUGCUUCGCCUCCGCCGGCUCCCUUGGCAGACACCGCUUCAUCACUCAUCGCGUGCGGGACACCCAGAGCGACACGGAGCGGGGCACCGCGCGCCCUCACGGCUCUCCGGAUGGCUCUCCCGCCGGCUCCCCGCAGGCACUGGGCGAGGACGGCGACGGGAACCUGAUCUGCAGGGUGUGCGGGCGACGUUUCGACAAGGCCGCGGACCUCAACACUCACUUCAGGACCCACGGCAUGGCCUUCCUCACCGCACACAAGACGGACAAGCCCCAGUAGAGGCGGAGCUGCUGGUCUGAGACUGACAGAUCAUCUACAACCAGGAGGAGGCGGAAAAAAAAAAAAGAAAGAAUGUUAAUCCUGUUAAAACAGAGCUGCUUCCUCUGUUGUUUUUUUUAGCUACAGUAAAUCUAUAGCACCUCUUCUGUGUGAUUGUAUCUGCAUGUUUGAUCAUGUUACCGGUCACUUAACUGAAAAAUCCACGUGAUCACGGAACAGCUCCGGAGAGAAAGCAUUUCUAUAUCAUUUUUACUGUCGCUAAAAAUGUGUCGUUCCAUCGCAUCACUCGCAUCGCUGUCACGAGUGAAGCCACUGACCUGUUCCUUCAUGUAACACACACACACACAUUUUAACCCAUGCAUACACCUCCCACUGUAACCAUGGUAGCUGUAGUGCUGAUACUUUUGUACUUCACUGUUCACUGUAUUUGUUUUUGUUUCAAGUCCUUGCUCUUUUCUGGCUUUGGACCGGUUCUAACGGCGCCAGCUGCUGCUAAAACCGAUGCCAAGCUUCAGUUUCCAUGCAUUUGUCACACGACGGGGAGUGUUUGUAGAAUUUGACACUGAUUUUUUUAUUUUUAUUUUGAUAUAGUAUUUAUUUAUAUGAAACAGUACUGCUCUUGGUAUUUGUGAGUCAGUUUGAGUCAAAUCUUAUAGACACAGUGUGAUAUUCCUGCAGCAGAAACACGAGACGCGAGACUUGGCAGGUGUGUCACUAGGAGACGAGGUUACUGGAGACCUGUAACCUGUGUAGUGUGCGUAACGUGUGGUGAUGUUAGUCUUUAAGCUAGAAGAAGAGAGGUCAGGCUUCCUGCCAGUAGUAUGUGUACGAGUUUUGCCAUGUAAAUACAUAUAAUUACACUAAAAAAAAGAACGCAUUCUGGUUUUAGUAACUUGAUAUGUGAAUACGUAUAGUAUUUGUACUUGUACUGUUUCUUUUUUUUUUCCCCCCAACACAAUUUGAAGUUUAACAAAAAAAAAAAGAAUCUCCCCCUGAGGUAGCUAUACAUUGUAAUUACAAAGCAGAGUGAGACUGUGGGGGUUGUGUUGUCUUAAUGUGUAUGAAUACAAAUGUUUAUCUCUUGAGAUGGUUCUUUUUUUUUUUUCUUUCUUUUUCUACUACAGAAUCCGUGCUUGCCGUAGUCACGUUUUCCAAAAAACAGCCUUCGAGGUCACAUGAUGGAGGCCAUUGAGUGGAUUUUUUUUGUUUGUUUGUUUGUUUGUAUCUUUUAUAUGUCAUACUAUCAUAUUUAUAUAGCUCAAUAGUGGAAAUUUCAUGUCAUUUUUCAUUUUCCAUGGUUGUGGUCUGCUUGCUGAAAUGCCAUACACUUUUGUGCCGUUUCAAAAUAAAUGUGUAAAAGAAGA